UGUGAUCCAAUGGUGCGCCACGCGGGUGCGCUGUAGCGCGACGCUGAGCUGACGCGAGUCCUCCGGGAUACGUCAUCAUGAAGACAGAAGCGCUGUAGAGCAGAGCGGCUCACAUGCUUUACCUCAGUUUCUAUUUUACUCACGCUUAGCCAAGAUGGCGGAUUCCGACUCUUGGGACGCUGAGAACUUCGAGGUGAGUGAGCCGGUCAGAAGUACCGCCGUGAGGCUGGAUAGGUGGGAAGGCGAGGACGAGGAGGAAGACGUGAAGGAUAACUGGGAUGAUGAGGUGGAGACUGAGGAAGAGCAGAAAAAAGAAGAAGUGAAAGCCCCUAAGAAGAAAAAGGAAAUUCCUAAAAUAAAAGAGAAAGAAAUAACACAAAAGAAAAAACAAGAAGAGUCAAAAAAUAAGUUACAAGAACCACAGAUAAGUGAGAAACUAUCACCUGAGGAGCAGCAAGCAGAGAAGCUUCGACAGCAGAAGCUGCAGGAGGAGGCAGACCUGGAAUUGGCCCGUGAGGCUUUUGGUGUUGAUCCUGCUGCUGCAAAUGCGUCUACUACUGGUAUUACCACUAACGAUACCUGUGGAAUUGAAGCCAUGUGCCCCUCAUCCAAAGAAGAUUUUGUUGCAUUUGAAAAAUUACUCAAAGAUAAGAUAACACAGUUUGAAAAAUCUGUUCAUUAUUCCAGCUUUUUGGAGUCACUGUUUCGAGAGCUUUGUAUUUCAUUGGAAGUAGAUGAUCUGAAGAAAAUAAGUAAUUCUUUAUCUGUUCUUCUUAGUGAAAGACAAAAACAAGAAAAGGAAAAGAAAGCAAAUAAGAAAAAGAAGAAAGGUGUGCUCCCUGGUGGUGGUUUUAAAGCAAACAUGAGAGAUGACUUUGCUGAUUAUGGUGACUUUGAUGGUGGCUACGGCAAUGAAUAUGAUGACUUCAUGUGACAAA